CUCCCAGCCUUUUCAUCCUCUUUUGGUCUCAGACGCUCUUGUGCAUCGAGGUGGCAGCUAGAGGGUCAGGAAGAAGCUUUAGACUAGAGGGAGCUGACUCUAUAGAUCGCCCCCUAGCGCUGAAAGGAUACUAUUCUUCCAAUAUCAAAGCCCAUUACAGGGAUAAAUAAUCCUCCCUGCCCUGGAAGCGGAUUAGUUUUCCCCCGGCAGAUGAUGCCCUACCGGAGAAGAAAGAAAGGGAUGCCGGGAAAAAAAAAAAAAGAUGACUUCAGAUUUGACUUGUAGAACUCAAAGGGGCUGUUUCCUAGCAACACGCUGCGGAGCUCCCUCAGCCUGCGUGGUUCCCGGGGUAACCUCCCCGUGCCACUCUUCCCCUCCCCCUUCCAUCCUCUCAGCCCUCUGCGUCCGGUACCCAUAGCAACAGCACCGGCGGGGCAACGAGAAAGACCUCCCCGUCUCGCCCCUCCCGGGCUAUAGGCAAUUUCUACCUAACAUCAGGGGGAUGGAGUCCAGUCCUUCAGGGCCUCAGGAGAAAAAGGGCACUCGACAUUCGUACAAUUCUGCUACACCAGCUAUUAUCACCAGGUCUGAGGAGUAUUUGGCUCGUGUCAGCACAGAACUUGCCAACGAGGCCCUGAUGGGAGCCCAAUAUACAAUGAGCCCUGAUGUGCCCAAGGAACUGAAAAAACUGGACCAGGGAACUCAGAUGUCUCGACAGGUGCUGCCAACCACUCGGACCAAGGGCACAGAUCCUCGUUCUGACAGAAACAGGACCAGAAACAAAACUCAUCUCCUGCCAUCCAGAGAGAUAGUUGAAGAUUUUAAAGAUGACAAGGUAAAAUUGCUGAAGUCAAAAGAGAAAGACCUAUCCCAACACAAGCAGGUAGAGACUGUGCAGCAGGAGGAAACUCUAGGUGGGACCAAGUUUUUGACUACUCGCCGGCCUGCUUGUCAGCCCUCUACAGAUCCAGAAAGCCUCUCUUCCCUUACCUCCAGGAAAGAGCAAGGAAAUAUCAAGAGGGAAGAAAUAGACUCAAUGGAAGGAAGUGACAGAGAGACAGAUUCCCAUUUAGGAAGGAUUUUCCAUCAGAACUGCCCACCAGCUGCCUCAAAAAGCUCUGGGUUACUAGAAGUGUUGAAGUAAAGACUGGAUGACCAUCUCUCAAAGAGGUUGUAGAACAUGGCUCACAGUCCCAUUCUUAACAGUUCAUCUGACAAAUCCCAGGAUGGACUCCUGGCUAUGAGCAUCACCAUCCCUGAGGCCCAAAG